CCGUCACGAGCGCUGGUGGCCGAGGCUCACUCAGAUUACUGGGUCAAAUGGAUUGUGACGUCAGGGUUUAGGAAGCGUCGCGUUGACUUAACGCAGAGCAGACGAGCUCUUCACCCGGACGCGAGAGGACCGACGCCAGCAUGAGUCCAGAGACAGCCGCCUGAAGGACACACACACACACACACACACACAUACCGCAGGAUGGCCGCGUAUCUGGAGAUAGCUGAUGACAGCGAAGGGCACGAGCUGAGACUGUUCUGUGUGCCGAAACACUACGAGGAGGAUCUGGACAGUGUCAUUAUACCCAAUGGCCUCAUCAAAGACAGGACUGAGAGGUUGGCCAGAGAUAUUGUUCGGGACAUGGGCGGCCAUCAUAUCGUGGCCCUCUGCGUUCUGAAAGGAGGGUAUAAGUUCUUCGCGGACCUGAUGGAUUUCAUCAAGACGUUGAAUCAAAACAGCGAUACGUCUGUGCCACUGACUGUGGACUUCAUUCGGCUGAAGAGCUACUCGAAUGAUCAGUCCACUAACUGUGUGAAGGUUAUCGGUGGAGAUGAAUUAUCUGCUCUUACUGGCAAAAAUGUGCUCAUUGUAGAGGAUAUUGUAGAGACGGGGAAAACUAUGGAAACGCUGCUCAAACUAUUAAACGAAUGUCAUCCUAAAAUGGUGAAAGUUGUCAGUUUACUUGUGAAAAGGACGCCCAGGAGCUCAGGAUACCGUCCAGACUAUAUUGGAUUCGAAGUUCCUGACAGGUUCCUAGUGGGAUAUGCUUUAGACUACAAUGAAUAUUUCAGGGAUCUGAGUCAUAUCUGUAUUUUAAGUGACAGAGCGAAAGAGAAAUAUAAAGUAUGACAUGACACCCAAGUGCUGGACGCAUGAAGACAGAGAUCACAGUGAACUUUUUUUGUGUUUUUUUUGUUAUUGUGACAUAUUUUUCUACAUGCCAUCUGAACUGAAUAAUGAACUCCUGAAACAUGGGUUCCCAAAGAUCAAGAUCACACUUACAGUGUUGCCGUGAAGGAUGAAUGAGGCUGAACAUGUCC